AUGUUAUUAAGAAAUAAGAGGAAGUUAUUGAGCGUACUAUUGACAAUUGUAUUAUUUGUAGGAGUUUACUUUGUUAGUAGAGAAGUUAAAUUGCAAUAUAUAUCUAAAAAUAUAAUACGAGGACCUGAUCAGGAAUCGUCUACCAUUCAACAACUAAGUAAUUUAUUAAAAACAGGUAAUAAUGAUGAUAACUAUAAUACAGGAGAUCAAAACAGAAUUGCUUAUUAUGAAGAUAAAGAAGGAGCCUCAGGAAAGAAUUGGGAAAGUAUUAUGCCAAGUAUGACGGAUCCAGAUGCAAAGAAGGAAUUGGGACGUGCCUCAUGGAAAUACUUUCAUACAUUAUUAGCUAGAUUUCCAGAGAAUCCAACUGAAGAGGAAAGACAAAAAUUGGAAGAUUUUGUUCAAUUGUACGCAGAAUUAUAUCCAUGCGGCGAAUGUUCAUAUCACUUCCAAAAAAUAUUAAAGAAGCAUCCUGUUCAAACCUCAAGUAGAACUAAUGCCGCUAUGUGGGGGUGUCAUAUACACAAUAUUGUUAAUAAACAUUUAAAGAAGGAUAUAUAUGAUUGUUCCACAAUAUUGGAAGAUUAUGAUUGUGGAUGUGAAUAG